UCAGGCCAGAUAGAAGCUCACUUUUGAGUGCAUAAAGAAAUUCAAAUUACUGGGUUCAACAGGGAAAGAAAAUGCUGUAUUUCUUCCUGUUAUUGGGAUGUUUCUGCUUAACAGUGGGACAAAUGACCACAACAAGUCGAUUUUCAACAAGGCGACCCUCAAUGAUGACCAAUACAACACCACCUUCAAGGACAACUGAGACAACAUCAACAGAUCCCACUUCAAUACCACGCAUAGCAAUAAAAUCAACAACACCCUCGAUCACAAAUGUGAUACGUUCAAAAAAUACCAUGUCAACACCAAAUGCAGGGACAAAUGUGGCACAAAAAAGAAGCACCACCUUAGCAUCAACCACAAUGACAUCAUCGACAAGUGAGACACUCUCGAUGUCCACUGCAUCAACAAACACAACAGCCACAAACUCAAAGCCAAACACAGUGGCAGGCAAAUUACCAACUCCUGAACAAACAACUAUCACUUUAUCACUAACCACAAUGGCAAUCACAACAAAUCCACCACAAAAAACAAAUACCACUUUAACUCCAACCACAAUGCCAAUGACAACAACUGUGCCACAAACAACAACACAUCUACCUCGAACCAGAAUGUCAAUAACAGUAACAACUCCAGAACAAAGAAAACCCACCACUUUAACUCCAACCACAGGACCAACCACAUUGACAACUCCAGUACAAGCAACAACCACUUCAACUCCAACCACAGUGCCCAUUGCAUCAACAACUUUAACAACUGCCACUUUAACUUCAACGACACCAACAACUGUGCCACAAACAACAACCCCUUUACCUUCAACCACAGUAGCAAAUAAAAUGACAAUGCUCGCACUAUCAACCACUGGUUUAAACCCAAUUACAGGACAAAACUCAACAACAUCCUCAAUUAUGUCAUCUAAGCCCACAAAAAAUACCUCCACUUCUGCUAAACUCCGAGCUGUCUUUCAAUCUGGAGUGUUUCCUAAUAGAAAUGCAGUUCAAUACUUUUUACAGCAGGUACAGUUGAAUCUUCAACAAAGUUUCGGUGGUUCUUUAAAAUUUACUUUGAUAGACAUACAACCAAUUUUUGCCCAACAACACUCCUGCAAUAAUAUAAUUUUCCAAAAUACCACACUGCCAAUCACUGUGCCUCCAACAACCACUGUCCGUCCAACCACAGCGCCAAGUACAACGGCUACUCCAAUACAAAGAACAAUGAAUAUCCCACGAACCUCAGUGCCAAUUGCAACAUCUUCCCCAGAACAGAAAACCACCAUGCCUCCAACCACACUGAAAAUCAGAACAUCAACAACAGGACAAACAACAACGAAUUCACCUAGAACCACAGAGCCAAUCGCAACAUCAACAACCACUGUGCCUUCAACCGCAGUACCAAUUCCAAUAUCAACCCCAGCACAAGCAACCACCGUGCCUCCAACCACAGGGCCAAUAAAAACACCAUCUCCAAUACAAACAACAACUACUUUACCUUCAACCACAAGAACUCACAACAUCAUCCCCAGUACAAACAAGCACUGUGCCUCCAACCACAAUGCCGAUCAGAACUACAGUAGAAACAACAACUGCUUCACCUUCAACCACAGAGCCAAUCACAACAACUCCAGUACAAACAAUGACUACUUUACCUUCAACCACAGAAGAAAUCACAACAUCAUCCCCAGUACAAACAACCACUGUGUCUCCAACCACAAUACCAAUCACAACAACUAUAGUAGAAACAUCUACUUCACCUUCAACCACAGAACCAAUCACAAAAACUCCAGUACAAACAACUACUUCACCUUCAACCACAGAACCAAUCACAACAUCAUCCCCAUUACAAUCAACCACUGUGCCUCCAACCACAAUGGCAAUGAGAACUACAGUAGAAACAACAACUGA